GACUAAUACGGAACCUAAAGUUUUCUACGACAAAGCGGUACAUCUCUCUGUUGCUAAACUAUUUGUGGUGUUAAAACACCAUUGGGUCAACAGAACACUGAGCUAAAGGUAAACUGAGAGAGUAGUGAAAAUCGCUCUCAGAGUAGUGUACGCUACACAGUUGACAAUUUUGAUUGACCGUGUAAGGAACAGAGCGCAACUGCACUGCUGUAAACAAGUCCAAAAAUCCCCGCGGUGCAGAGAGAGAGCGGAUGAAUGACUGGAGAGCCUUUUCUCUGUUCAGAGCUUCACUACACUCAGAACUAUCACAACAACAGAGAUGUGUAGCUGCAGAACGCAGAGCAGGAGCAGGGUGAAAGGGCGGCACGCAAGCCGAGUGUAAGCCGCCUGCAGGACAACAGCAGCGGAAAGCUCUAGGCCAGGCUCGCGAGAAUGACCGCCGCUCACAGGGCCAUUUAACGCAAAACAGUUCAAUGAGAAGCUACUCGGUGUUAAAGGACAACAAAGGGGCAGAUCUAAAGAGAACAUUUCUACAGAUCUCUGGAAGGAGAGCGGUUAGUAAGUUAGUUAAAGCCCGGGCACGAUGGCGUUACACCUGCAGAGGACGGCACGGUUGCUGCUGCUGCUCAGAGGCUCCGCUCUCUCUCCGCGCAGCUGUGGGAAAAUGUCCACCGGCACGAGACUGCGCGUGCUGCUUGACAUGGACGGUGUGAUUGCGGAUUUUGAGGGAGGACUUUUAAAAAAAUAUAGACAGAGAUACCCGAAUGAGCCGUACAUCAGCCUGGAGGAGCGCAGAGGGUUUUGGGUGUCGACUCAGUACGGAGAGCUCAGAGAAGACCUCUGUGAUAAAGCCAUUAGCAUUUGGGAGUCCAAGAAUUUCUUCAUGGACCUUGACCCUCUUCCAGGAAGUGUGGAGGCUGUGAAGGAGAUGGCCAAAAUGAAGAAUACAGAUGUUUUCAUUUGCACCAGUCCAAUUAAACACUACGCCCACUGUCCAUACGAAAAGUAUGCAUGGGUAGAGAGGCACCUGGGCCCCGACUUCCUGGAGAAGGUAAUUUUGACGAGAGACAAGACAGUAGUGAGUGGAGACAUCCUCAUUGACGACAAGCCGGACAUCCUUGGUGUGGAACCCAAUCCAUCCUGGGAACAUGUCCUUUUCACUGCCUGCCACAACAAGCACCUACCUGCCAGCACCACUCAGAGGCGCCUCCUCUCCUGGGCCGAUGAUUGGAGGGGCGUCCUGGAUGGCAAGCGCUAGCGAGAGCCUGGUUUUCUCCAUUACAUCCUCACCACCUCACCACUGGUCAGCCUCCACCUCAAUGGACCUGCAAAAAUAACACUGAGGAUAUCAGUGACGUAAGAAAUCACAGCAUUGUAGCACUGUUAUUUUUCUGUUUGGUCCAAAUUUAAAGCUUGUAACACUGCAUGAUGAGAAGCCUUGUUUAUAAUUAAGUACAUACUAUAGAAACAAGCCUGAGUCAGUUGAAUGGGGGGGGCCUGCGAAAUAUAUACAUAUAUAUGUAUAUAUGUAUGUGUGUGUGUGUGUGUGAGAGAGAGAUAGAUAGAUAGAUACACAAUCAAGGGAAGAUGAUGAAUAUGUACUUUUUUAAUAAGAAAAAUUCUGUCUUACGGUUACCAAAUCAGUAGGAAUUACAGAUGGCCAGUUUUCACUCAGCCUAAACUGCCUCAGAGCUUGAUUUUAGCAAACACAUUUUUAUGCAUAUUAAAAAAGGGGAACCCUGCAUGGUUCUUUUAGCGCACAAACUUAUUUUUAAGCUACAAAAUCCAUUUCUUGCUCUUCAGAUAAUGAAUUAUACACUAUACAACAGAUCUGUACUAGAUAGUCAGAUUCAUUUUAUUUUGAAACUGUUUUUUUUAUUUGUUCCUAAGUGAAAAUAUAUCACAAAGUAAGCUGAAGAUACAUGCACUAUUUUUUAGUUACACCCCUUAGUACAAGAGUCUUUGAGCUUAAAUGUGAACCUGUGAGUAUGAUCACUGAGGUACAGUCAACAUUUUUAAACACAGUGUUAAAUGUGUUAAAGGUUUGGCACAUGGCAGAAAUAAUUGUCAUCCUUUUUUAAUGAUUUUUUUAAUUUCAUAACCAGAGUAACAUAUUUCUCAUAUAUAUACUGUACACACAAAUUAAAUAUUGUAAUGCUGGUGCACUCGGACUGCCUACAACUGCCUUUUUUUUAAAUUAAAUAUACUAUAAAAGAUUUAUCAUAGACAUUAAUUGUAAUGUUAACUAGGCUAUCAUUUUAUGCUUACACUUAGAGUGGACAUCAGUGUGCUUUGCUUUUGUUUCGUGUAAACCAUGGAAGUUGAAACUUCUUUUGCUUUCUUAAAAGUGAUCUAGAUUUUACAGCUUUCUGAUGCAUGUGACGUGAAACAUCAUUGCACCGAAAACAGUUAUAAGUCAUCUCUUUUCCCACAGCUCCUGCUUUUACGAUUUUCAGUAAAAGACACAUUUAAAAUACAAACUACACAUUUAGGCUAUAAAUAUGACGAAUACAAAUAAAAUACUGAAGCAGAACCGACCGUUGGUGGGAGAAGCCAUCUGUAGCGCUCAACAACUGUAGUUUGUUAAACAUAAACUAUCAUCUUCUGUAAGAGAUCCUCAGUUACAGCUUGUUGAGAGUAAUCACAGGCAUUUAUGUAAAUUGUCUAUCUGACUGUAAAAGAGAAGGGUUUUCACUUUAAAGACAUUUGAGUAAAUUUGCCCUCUCUUUUGUAAUUAGUGAGGACAUGGCACAUUUUAUAAGUCAGAAAUGAAAACAAUGGCACAGAGAAGUACACAUUUAUUUUCUGCUUCAGAUUCACACAGUCGUCUCACCUGAGUCCUGAGCACCUCUAUAAAACAGAGUAUGGCUUUAACACAAUGAACCUACACAGUGCACUAUGUAACAAAAAGUAAGAAAGUUUGUUUUUCACAGCAGUUCACUUUAAAAUCCUGAAUUGGAUAAAUCUUAUAGAUUGUAUACAAACCUAGUUACACUCAUCUGUAUGACUGCUGUAGCUGCAUGUUUGCUGUAGUUUGCAGAUGUUCAUUUACUCAAGAUUGGUGCUGCUAGUUCUUUUCUACAUGGAUGAGAGAAUUCAGAGGCAAAUGGCCAGAUAUGUUCAAGCAAACAGAAACGAUACAGUGACUAAAAUAAUCACUCUUCAAACAUCAAACUUUGGGGUGAAUGAGCUACAACAGCAGAAGACCACGCCAGGUUCCACGCCUGUCAGCCAAGAACAGGAAUCAGGCUAUAGCGGGCACAGACUCACCGUCCAAUUUUUGUGAGUCUGUGCCCAGUUUAGCCGCAGAUAUCGAUUUCUAGAAACCCUGCGAGGUCAUGUGCUGUUGUUAAUCCAUCUCAAGGUUUGAUGUUUACUUUGUUCUAAGAUGCUUUUCUACUCACAGGUUUUAGAGAACGAUUAUUUGAGUUACUAUAUCCUUUUUGUUGGUUUGAAUCAAUCUGGCCAUUUUCCUCUGACCUCUCUCACUCAACAAGGCAUGUAUACCAACAGAACUGAACUGUCAAUUAUUUUAUUUUUUUUGUUUUCCACACCAUUUUGUAACUCUAGGGACUGUUGUGUAUUAUAAUAAUCACCAGUAUGUUACCAGUGUGGAAAUACUGAGUUGGAUUAAAUGAAUGAUUUUUAAGUGGUUAAUUUGAACAUUUAUUCUUCAAAAAUAUUUUCAAUGAGGUUUUUUAUGUUCUAACUUGAUCCUAUUGCAAUGUUUUAAAGCUGAAAUCUAGUUGGGAUAUGGGUGAUUAGGGGUAAUUUGUUUACAGUGCAAAACCACUAAGAUUUGCUGCUUGUUCAGAGCUGUAGUGUAAGCGUGGCUGCUGAUGGCACCUUUACAUUGCACUACUGAUGGUGUGGCUGUGUCGUGGCUCUGUAAUGUAAAUAGGAUACAAGCUGUCAGAUAUUGAUUGACAGCUAUAAUGAUAAUUUAGUCUGGGAGCGGUAUGACUCACCACAUUAAUGAAUGUACUUGGUGCUCUACAUCAGUCAUGUGUGUCUGUAUGGAGUGAAACAGGAUCAAAGCCACUCACUCAAGGUUUUAAUAAAG